AUGUCGUCAGAGAGCGACCGCUCGGAGCAUCGGCCCUCUCCCGGUGCAUGUGGAGCAAGGGGCCCACUUCUUACACCGGGAGAUGCAAAGGGAAUACCGGCGCCGGCCGCAAUGCCCACUACCGAGCUUGUCUGGAAUGUGGCAGCCGGAAGGCAUGCCGAUGUUGAUGAUGCAGAUGUUGGAGAAACUGUUGGGGACACCCAGAGGUCUGCCGUUGCGAGGAACUUCUGGGCCCCAACAUUCAAUGGUAAGGAGGUCAGUGAAUUCCUGAGGACCUUACAUUCGUUGUUUAGGAACCAUGGAAUCACGCGAGAGGAGGGCAAGAUAAGUGCCCUGUGUGAUUAUGUAUCAGUAAGUGUGUGUGAGUGGGUAGAGAGUCUCCCUGAAUAUGAGGAGGAAGGACUAUGA